UGUUGCAAGGUUUUGUCGUUCACGCAGUUCCUCAAAGUGUAUAAAAAGUUAAAAUAACAUUUAGCAAAUAUGUCCUCCUUUAGGGCUCCAGAUAUUACAGACGACGAGUCUGAUUGUAUUGACGAAUCUUUCGAUGAAAGCAGUGAAACUGAUGAUAAUCUGGUCAUUGAUGAAUCGGAAUAUGAUAAAUCAUCACCACGAAAUGCCAGUAACCAUCAAACAAAAGUCGAGACUAGUACAAUCAAAACGGGUAGAAAACAAUUAAGUUCAGAGUCUGAAGAUGAGAAAACAAAUCAGUUUCAUCAGAAAGUGACAUCUCAUAUUAAUGAUGAGAAAACUGAAAUUCUUCAGACAUCUACUAAAACUGAUGAAGAAGAUAACUUGCUUACUGAUGAGUCAGAAGAUGAUAUAUCAUUACCAAAAAGCUCCAGAAAAAGUCAAUCAGAAACUUCUGCGAAUAUGAUUGAAAGGGGUAGAAAGCACUUAAACAGAAUUGAGUCAAGCUCUGAUGAUGAGGAACCAACAAAUAAGUCUCAUAGGAAAGUUAAAUCAGCUAUUGAGUCAAACUCAGAAAGUGAGGAACAUCAAAUUGAUGACAGUGAUUCCAGUCUCAGUUUGCAUUCUAAUAUAGAAGAUGAUGAUGUCCCUGAAGAGACAAAUAGGGGUAAAGGAAGAAUUUCAGAUAUACACAAUUUUGGAAACAAGGGAUCCAUCAUGAACAGUACUAAAAUAGACGAAGCGUAUUCUGCACCACUGAAGCUGUCUCCCCGCAAGAGCAUUCACAACGAAACCACGAAAAUGAUGUCUGGUCGUUCGGUCAUCAUAGUGGACGAGUCCUCAACCACGCGCCGUUCAACACCGAGAGCGCGGCCGAUAAAUACCGCCGCAUUGCCGCCGUCUAUGACGACUCCACGCAUCGUCAGACAAGAAGUGCCGUCAAGGAGUCCGAGCCUCUCCCUGGACGAAGACGUGGUCGAGAUGAGCAGCGUUGAGGAAGUGCCCUUCACGCCACGAAGGCCCAAACCCAAUCAAAAUUUGAAACAGGCUACGUUGGAUUCGCUCAUAAAUAUCGUUCCAAAAACACAAAAUCCACCUGUUGCAGCGAGAAUAGCCGAGGAGAGCGUCAUUGAAUUGAACGUGAGUCCGAGCGAGUUUAAAGAACAGAAAGAGAAAAUACAGAAGCUCCAUUCAGAUUUGCUGAAGACGAAGAAUAUGUUAAGGACGGUUAAUCUGAACGCACUGCCGGAUAAAGGAAAACUGUUGCAAGAAAGAUAUGCUUCGCUCGAACGUCAAUACAAUAACGAAGCUCAAAAACUGAAUAUAAUGAACAUUUCCAAAGAGGAUCCCCCUGCACCACUCGCUGCCUUACAAACAAUGACCUGGACGGACAUUCAAGCGGGAGCAGCUCAAGUACAACCAGCAACAUUCGGCAAAAAAGCUAUGGCCACCUAUAACAAUCAGAAAGCCCUUACUAUGGACAGACUGAAACAACUACAUGGUGCAAUUGAGAGUUGUCCAAAGGAAGAUACAAUGGCUGAAGAUCCCAAGGGACUGACCGUUGAGUUGAUGCCGCAUCAGAAGCGUGCUCUCGCAUGGAUGCUGUUCAGGGAGAAGGAGCGGCCUUCGGGGGGUAUUUUAGCCGAUGACAUGGGUUUGGGAAAAACUCUCACCAUGAUAUCUUUGAUGCUUAAAUCAAAUGAAAUUGAAAAACACAAAGAGAUAUCCAGUUCGGAGAACGAGGAAAAUCGCGAGGAGGAGGACGAGGAGGAGGAAAAAAAGAAGACGAAACGCCGCAAAUACAACGGCGGAACGCUGGUUGUCUGUCCAGCCAGUCUUCUCAAUCAAUGGUCCGGUGAAUUGGAGACAAAAGGUCGCAGAGGUCUCGCUUCCUAUUAUCUCUAUCACGGAACAAAGAGGGAACGCAAAGCAAAAGUAUUAGCGGAUUACGACAUGGUGAUAACCACGUAUUCGAUCGUUCAAAACGAAAAUCCAGACGGUGCGAUAUUCAGAGUGAAAUGGCGACGAAUCAUCUUGGACGAGGCACAUCAAAUCCGAAAUUACAAAUCGCGGACUUCGUUGGCUGUGUGUUAUUUGCAUGCAAAAUCCAGAUGGGCAUUGACCGGCACACCGAUACACAACAAAGAGCUCGAUAUGUUCGCACUGCUCAAGUUCCUUAGGUGUUCACCCUUCGAUGAUUUAGUGGUAUGGAAAAGAUGGGUGGCGGACAAGAGUUCCGGUGGCGUGGAAAGACUCCACACGGUCAUAUCGUCGUUGAUGUUACGACGAACCAAGGCGGAACUGAUGGAGAAAGGAGCACUAAACUGCUUGCCUGAACGCAAAUGGGAAUUGAUAUCGGUCCAAUUGGAUAAAGUAGAGCAGGAGAUUUAUCAAAGAGUGAAUCUGUUUUCCAGGACGUUAUUCGCUCAGUUCUUGCAUCAACGUGCCGUAAAGAAUCAGGAUAUUUACGAUGCAAAUUAUGCCAAAGCUGCUAAUACCAAGGGACCUAACAAUGAAUAUUUCAAAAUGCGUGAUAAACUGCUUAAGAUGAACAAUAUUCAAGAUAUUAGCCAACAUCACAUUUUGGUUUUGUUACUUAGACUGAGACAAAUAUGUUGCCAUCCGUCAUUAAUAACCGCAAUGCUGGAUGAAUCGCCAGGAGAUUUGGAUCACGAGGACGAGGAGCUGCAGGAAUUGAACAUACUGGAGCAGUUAAACAAAUUGAAUUUGGAUGGCGAUGAUACGUACCACGAAAAUGAAAGUUCUGAUAACUUGAAAACUGCCAGUAAAGGAUUGCUGAACCCAUCUAAUCCUGUAUUUUCCCACGACCACAUGAGCAGUAAGAUUAAGGCUGUGAUGAAGGUUGUCAAAGAGAGGGUGAUAAAUAAUGGCGAUAAGGCAAUAGUGGUGUCGCAGUUUCCUUCUUUUCUGAGAAUUGUGGGAAAAUUCUUCAAAGAAGAAAACAUUGAAUUUGAUCAACUGGAUGGAUCAAUUCCGGUCAAUAAGCGAAUGACGAUGGUAGAUUCGUUUAACAAUCCGAAGCAUAAAAUGCAGGUAUUGUUGCUGUCUUUAACAGCUGGAGGUGUAGGUCUAAAUUUAAUUGGUGCAAACCAUCUUAUACUGUUAGAUUUGCACUGGAAUCCACAAUUGGAAAAUCAGGCCCAGGAUCGUAUUUAUCGUGUUGGCCAAAAGAAACCAGUGUUUGUAUACAAAUUUAUGACCACAGAUACAAUUGAAGAGAGAAUCAAGGAACUGCAAGAUUCCAAAUUAGAUUGUGCUAACGCCAUGUUAACCGGCACAAAACAAGUACUGGCUACAAAGUUAUCAUUGAAUGAUCUCAAAAUGUUGUUUCAAAUGUGAAAUAAUUUUAUAUAAUGUAGAUUUUUUGUAUAUUUACAGAUCCUAUGUGCUAUUAUUUGUAUGAGUAAAUUUAUAUUACUGUUUUAGAAAUGUUGAUGUAUCAUUAACAGACUACGUUUAUUCCUAUAUGACCAUUGACUGUUAUAAGACAAUAAUUGUAAAUUAUUUAUAUAAAACAUAGGUAUUUAAAAACAUUGAUGUUUCAUGUAGAAAUAAAAAUAAUCUGUAAAUAUUUGUUUUAUAUAUGUUUAUACAUUAAUGAUAAUUAUUUAUUUUAAUAGAAUACUAAUUUCGUUUAUUUUUUACCAUUUAAAUAAAUUUUUUGUUUUA